AUGCUUUCUGCAGCUGACUCCCCCUUUUCCAGCAUCAUCGUGACUAUUCUAGCGAUUUCAGGGGCUUGGAUUUUACGAAAUGCCUAUAUCAAUCGGUCUAGAGUUAGGUCGUUGAGGGCCAAAGGAAUUCCUAUUGCGUCUCAUUCACUCAUAUUCGGCCAUUUGCGCAUUCUUUUCGAUUACGUACGAGCCCACCCUCCAGAUGCGUCGAUCUAUAUUCUUCAUGACUGGCUGGCGGAGAACUAUAGUCGUUAUUUCUUCGAGCCCCUGAAUGGAGUUCCGCCCGUGGUAUACUUGGAUCUGUGGCCAGUGGCGCCCGCAUUCGCCCUAGUGUACGAUGCAGUCGCCGCGACGCAAUUCACGCGAGUCAAUAAUCUCCCCAAGUUCGUUGCGGCCGACGAAUAUAUCCGGCCUUUGACGUCUAACUUGGACAUCAUCACAGCAAAGAGUCAGCUCUGGAAGUCAUGGAGAACACGCUUAAACCCCGGGUUCAGCUCGCGCAACAUCUUGGCCCUACUUCCUAACUUGAUUGAAGAGGUGUCCGUCUUUGUCGACGUACUCCAAGGCUUGAGUGGAGGUGCCAACGAAUGGGGUCCAGUAUUUCCUCUUCUCGAGAGAACUAUGAAUUUGACAUUCGACAUCAUAUGCAGAGCGACUCUGCUCCAUGAACAGACCAAUGAGUCUAGUAGCCCGCUCAAGAUCGCAUUAUUUGAUCAGAUUCGACUAAUGUCACAGGCUGGCAUUCGCCGCUGGAUGCCAUCAUAUUGGGUUUCAGUGGCAAAAAAUAAUCAGGCCCUACGAAAACAGAUACAUCCCCACAUUGUAUCAAAGCUUCAACAAGAUCCCAGUUCAAGCAAAGCCUUGACGAUUAUAGACUUAGCUAUAAAACACGAUAAAGAUAAAGUAGAUGGCCCCUUUGAAGUUCCGCCAUCUGUCUCUGACGAUGCAACUUUCAUCGAAACACUCAUCAGCAAUGUAAAGGCUUUCCUUUUUGCUGGUCAUGACACAACCGCCUCGACCAUCUGUUUUAUGAUGAAAUGUCUCCAAGAUAAUCCCACCUGCCUUGCGAAUCUCCGUUCUGAGCACGACACGGUAGUGGGCCUCGACCCUCUCAGGGCAGCAAGUGUUCUCAAGGAAGACCCUCAUCUCCUUAACGAACUACCAUAUACAAUCGGAGUGAUUAAGGAGACUCUAAGACUCUACCCUAUCGCAGCCACAAUACGCCAGGGUACUCCCGGAUCGUAUAUCACCGCUUCUGGGUCUACGAUCCGAUACCCCUUAGAGGGAUUCGCGCCGUGGGUCGCGAUUUCGAGAAUCCAGAGGGAUCCUAGCUACUGGGUGCGUCCGAACGAGUUUCUUCCAGAGAGGUGGGCUGUAGGCGAAGACAACCCAUUGUAUCCAUCUAAAGACGCCUGGAUACCAUUUUCUCUGGCGCCUCGCAACUGCAUAGGCAUGCAACUAGCCAUAGUGGAGCUCGAGCUCGUAUGUGUCCUCACAGCUCGAAGGUUUGACAUCCGUGAGGCUUGGGAAGAGUGGGACAAGAAACUGGGUGUUAAGGCUACACCAACACAUAUGGUCAAUGGUCACAGACUUUACGCUGCCGGAGUUGGUCCAGUGCGCCCAAAGGAUGGAAUGGCCGUCCAAGUAAGAGAUAGGUAUAUUUCCACUUAG